AGAGUCAAUGGCGAAGUGCAAGACCUUGAGGGAAGAAUUGGUGAAAGCAAUGCUUUUACACGUGGAUCUCACAGAGAAGAUGUGUCAAAGGGUAUAAAGGAAGUUGAAGAACUUAUUACUCAACAGGGUAGAUUUCAUGGGGGUUUGGUGGUUGACAAUCCUCAAUGGAUCGGACAAGUUUUAUCGACAACAAAUUUAUCAGGUGAAGCUGUAAAGGCCUGUGUUGAAGAGAUUUGGCAGUGCUUGAUGGAUGAUGAGGUUCCAAAGCUUGGACUUUGGGGGAUGGGUGGCGUGGGGAAAACAAGCAUCAUGAAGGUUAUAAACAACCAACUCUUAAAAGAGACGGGGAACUUCGAUAUUGUGGUUUGGAUCAUUGUAUCCAAGGAGAUGAGUAUUGCUAAACUGCAGAAAGACAUUGCGAGUAAAAUUGGAGUAGAUUUUUCCGGUGAUGAAGAUGAAAUAACAAGGGCAGGGAUGCUCUAUGAAACAUUGUUGCAAAAGAGUAGGUUUGUGAUGAUCUUGGCGAUUUAUGGAGAAAGUUUCCCUUAA